GGGUGGGAGGAACGCUUUUGAAGCUUCAAUGUGACUGCUGCUCAGUGGAUGGAUGCUUCACUGUUGCCAAAUAAGAUGCAGCAUUCUGGGAUCGACCGAAUUUAUGUAUUUAAUCUUUCCAUUCAUGUACAGCUCAAGAGAAACCAAAAAACAGCUACAUGGGCAUCACUGACAUCAUUGUCUUAAUCCAGCAAAGAACCCGGUUCAUGGGGAGGAUUUUUCUUUUGAAACGAGCUCGCAAUGUAUUAUUUUGAAGUCACUCCUAGAUCUCUAUGUCUUGGCCAAACCCAGCCAAUAAUCAUCUUGCUCAUUCUCAAGUACGGUGGGACCAAGAAGUUUGGGAUAUGUUUGGUGUUUCUUCUAUCAAUCAUCCGGAUCUACGACGUAUAUCAACAGAUUAUGGUUUUGAUGGUCAUCCAUUACGAAAAGACCUUCCUAUGAUGAUCCAGUGUUCCUACUGCUUUAAUUGCUUAAGA